GUGCAAGUGUGGGACACGGCUGGCCAGGAGAGGUUCCGGAAGAGCAUGGUAGAGCAUUACUACCGCAACGUGCAUGCCGUCGUCUUCGUUUACGACGUGACGAAGAUGACCUCCUUCACCAACCUCAAGAUGUGGAUCGAGGAGUGCAACGGGCACGCGGUGCCCCCCCUCGUCCCCAGGGUGCUGGUGGGGAACAAGUGUGACUUGAAAGACCUGAUCCAGGUGCCAUCCAGCAUCCUGAAGUUCGCCGACGCUCACAACAUGCUUUUGUUCGAGACCUCGGCCAAGGACCCUCAGGAGAGCCAGAACGUGGACGCCAUCUUCAUGAGCCUGGCCUGCCGGCUGAAGGCCCAGCGCUCGCUGCUCUGCCGGGACCUG